ACGAACUGGGAAAUGUGAGCCAUUUCGCGUAUAGUUACAGUGACUUCAUGCAAUUAAUUGCGAAAAGUUGAAGCUUAUGUCAGGAGACCGAAACACGUCGUGUGUCGGUCGUGGGAAUUUGGGCAUGGUGUGUUACAUGAAACGAUUAUUGAUAUAAGAAAAUGUCGCUGCUGCCGACGACGUUACGUUUAGCCAAAAGAAAUUCACUGACAAAUAGGUGAAGAUGGAAGAUGAGGCAGAUCUCAGAGAACAACUAUUUCACAACACAGUACGGGAGAACAUUAUAUUCUUCCUGUUAUUCCUGGUUCUCUACGUUUCAAGCUAUGCGUUGAUAGCGAAAUUUCGACGAAAAGAUCGCGAAGAUUAUUUCUCAGUGGAUGAAGAUGAAGCAACGGUCUACAGGAUCAGCCUCUGGCUGUGUACCGUUGCUCUGGCGGUUUCCGUCGGAGCGACCUUACUACUUCCGGUUUCAAUAGCGAGCAAUGAAGUGCUCAUUUUAUACCCGAACAGCUAUUACGUCAAAUGGCUCAAUAGUUCUCUUAUUCAAGGUCUGUGGAAUCAUGUGUUUCUCUUUUCAAAUAUGUCUCUCUUCGUAUUUCUGCCGUUCGCAUAUUUGUUCACGGAAUCAGAGGGUUUCGUCGGUUAUAGAAAGGGUGUAAUGGCUAGGGUUUAUGAGACAGUGACAGUUCUUUGCCUAUUGGGAACACUAGUACUAGGGAUGACAUAUGUUUUAUCAGCACUGAUAGAUUAUCAAAAAUCGAGCCUUCAUACUUUGCUCAAUUUAUCAAGUUACUAUUUACCCUUCCUUUACUCUUGCGUUUCCUUUGUUGGCGUUGUUAUGCUAUUACUGUGUACACCAAUGGGAUUUGUAAGAUUAUUCGGAGUAGUUGGUUCGUUUCUUGUAAAGCCGCAGUUCCUAAAAAACUUAGACGAAGAGUUUUUCGCUUACAGGCUAGAAGAGGAUUGUAUUCGAAGAAGACUGCAACACGCGAAAACAACGGGAAAAUCAUACGUUUCGCCAGUGCCUAUGUCGAUACCAACUUGUUCAGUGCUCGAGGAUGAUGAGCUUCUUAAUGCGAAGCCGAGCUUGAUGUGCUUAAGAAACGGUGCUCUCCAACGUGGAUUGACUCAACGAUUGGAAGACAUUCAAAAACGAAGAAGCACCUUGGAUCAGCAAAGGCGAACCUGGUGGGUUCGGCGUACUUUGCUGUACCCUUUGGCCAUGUUAGCACUACUUAUACUCUCCACUGCCACAGCCUUAUUAGCUGUUCAAAAUACAUUAGAGUUACUUAUUGGUAUCAAGGCACUACCUUUAAGUACAAGGCAAUUUACCUUGGGCAUCAGCUCGUUGUCGAAGCUAGGUCCCAUUGGAGCAACAAUAGAAGUGGCAGUAAUUUUGUAUCUGGCUGCUACGAGCGCAAUAGGUUUGUACACACUUCCGGGCGUUAGAAAUGUCCGACCACGGCUUCAUUCCACACCGCUUACUCACCUCAUCGCGAAUUGCGCCCUUCUUCUUGUACUAAGCUCAGCGUUGCCACUGUUAUCUCGAAUAUUAGGUAUGACAAAUUUCGAUUUGCUUGGCGAUUUUGGGCGUAUCGAAUGGCUUGGUAACUUCAAGCUAGUACUGUUCUAUAAUUUAAUCUUCGCUACAGCAGCGAUCAGUUGUUUAGCAACGAAGUUUACGGCGACCGUACGCAAAGAAAUUUACGCCAGAUUACGGAGUAGCCUAAUAGGAAUCUUCAGGAGCGAAGGUAAGAAAAGUUCUACGGGGAUGUUUUCUACGAAAGAAGAUUAGACUGACUUACAUCGUAAGC